AUGAAUAAAGAAAAAUGUAAACUUGUCGAAAAGUCUACUAGAACUCAAAGCAACUCAGGUAUUUGGUACGAAAUGCGGUAUGGACGUGUGACCGCAUCGAAAGCCCACGAAGCUGCACAGUGUCACACAUAUGAUGGUACUCUUGUAGAGGAAAUAUUUGGCACCAAAUUUGUAGUCGAAACCGAAGCUAUGAAAAGAGGGAAGGUGUUAGAAAAUAGUGUCAAGAAAGAAGUGGAGAAACAAAAACAAUUCCAUCCAACCCUCCGGACUUUUUCUUGA